AUGGGCUUGUCGGAUCUAGAAACGAUACCCGAAACGGGUGCAGUAUUUACAAUAGGUCGCAGCCGGUUCGCAGACAACAUUGCAUCGCACUUCUUCAUACGAAAAGACUCGGUGAUUUCCAUUACCUGUGGUGACGAGCAUUCCGCUGUCAUUUGUCAGACUGGUAGGCUCUUCAUUUUUGGAAGUAACGAUUGGGGUCAACUAGGACUUGGUCAUAAGAAUCACAUUAGCAAACCAUCAUGCGUGAAAAUUUUGAAACCGGAAAAGGUUACGCACGUGGCUUGUGGGCGAGCGCACACUCUGAUUUGUACAGGUGCUCAGAAGGUUUUCGCUUGUGGUAGCGACCAGGAGGGACAACUGGGCCGUGGAACUUCCGCGGUAGGAGAUUCAGCGAGUUCGCCUGUGCUGGUGUACGACACAGGAUUGACUGGACCCAAGAUAGUUGAACUCGCAGCUGGUUCCCAUCACUCCCUUGCUCUCACGAGCGAUGGCGGCGUUUUGGCGUGGGGUAGCAAUCUUGAGGGUCAGCUUGGACUACCCGAUGUCUCCGGCUUGAUGAACAAACCGACAAAAGUGCACAUACCUGAACCAGUGAAACAAAUCAGCGCCGGCUAUUACCAUUCGUCUUUUCUAACAGAAAGCGGCCUCGUUUAUGUCUGUGGUGAGUCGGAAAGCGGAAAAUUGGGGAUCGAUGCGAAAUUUUCGAAGCAGUUGGCACCGAAACAAAUGCAAUUACCUGUGCCUGCAGUCCAUGUAGCUUGCGGAGGUCACCAUACUGUUAUUUUCGCUGACAAUGGAAGUUUGUAUUGUACCGGAAGUAAUUCAACUGGCCAACUCGGGCUUGGAACAAACGUUACGGAACUUUUCACGCCGAAACUUCUUCCACGCGGUGCGCUGCAAAAUGAAACUGUUAAACAGAUUGCUUGUGGAGAAAGUCACACCGCUAUUGUCACUGAAUCUGGAAAACUGUUCACCUGCGGGGAUGGAAGAUAUGGAAAACUAGGUUUGGAGGAAAAUGAGAACAACGUUCACGAAUUAACUUUCGCACCGAGAUACAAGGAACUCAUCGUCUCUAACGUUGCGUGCGGUGGCUGCCAUACAAUUUUGGUCGGCCGCAGACGGGAGUCAAAUAAUGCAACAGACAAGGAAAAGGAACUAAUACAAACGGAACAUGUUCAGAAAAGAACCUCUUUGCCACCCCUGAAAGUUCCAUUGACCAGACUACAGAACGAUGCACGUGAAGAAAAUAAAAACGAAAAUGAGAAAGAACAACCGAAUCAAGAAGCAAACGUGAUAGAAACAUCGGCAGGCUCAGCGACGACAGAAUCGAAGAUGGAAAGUGUUCAAAUGGAUGCAGAAAAUAAUCGUGAAAAUGUCACGAAUGGUGAUACCGAUUUGACGGACAAAAUCAUGGAAACCGAAGAUAACAAAAAGUCUGCAGAAGAUUCAACAAAACAAACGACAUUGGAAGGUACAUCGAACGAAAUAUCACCGGAAGUCACGACGCAGGAAGUACACGAAAGUCCCGCGGAAGAAUCUAAACCAGAGAAUGAUAACAAGGAAGCAGGAAAUAAUAAUAAAAUGUCAGAAAUGAAAGUGGACGAGGAAAACAAUAUCCAAAAAGCAAUGGAAGCUGAAAUUAUGAAUGGUGAGAACGAUAAUCAAAAGAAUAAUAAUGUAGCGGAAAAUGAAGUGACAAAAAAUGGCACGGAAAGUAACAAGGAAGUGGUGAAAGGGAGUAAUACGUUGGAUAAUAAAGAGAAUGGAAACGAAGAACAUAAACCGAAAUCGGAGAAUAUGGAAACAGUAUCGAACGAUAAAGUUAUAGAAGAAAAAGUCUCGGAGAUGUCGACUUCCGGUUCUACACCACCGCCGAAACCGCCGAGGCUAAAACCUGGAAGUGGUAAUAAUUCGCCCACAGAAAGAACAUCCUCGAUGGAAAAAGAAGAUGAAACCAGCGAUGGAAACGUGAUGACAGAGGAAACGCUAAACAAGGAACCGGACAUAGUUAAUAACAAUGAAUCCACACAGAAACAUGAAUCGGGUUCAGUGAAGUCUUCGAAAAGUGAAAGUUCCAGGUCAACGAGAUCGAGAGUGGGUACCGAAGAGACGAUAGAAAUCGAUAAACAAAAUAACAAGGAGAAAAUCAUCGAGGUGAAGAAACUCGCUAACGACAAUAGUCAAGAUGACGCGGACGUUGUGCAGUCGCCGGCACCGAGAACUGCCAAAAUGACGAAGAUGUUCAAGGGGAAGAGGCAGCAAGCAAUGGAGAAUGGCAGUAAGAUUGCCAGUAGUGUAAACCAUAAACCUAAGGUACUCAACAAGUUUUUAUUUAUCUAUUACUGA